AUGUUUGCAGCAUUUAUGGCAAGUGCAGAGUGUCUAGUGGAAAUGGAUCAACAGCCGGAGGUUAAGCAAUGCCAUGAGGUUACCUUGAAGCAAAUCGAAGAGGCAAAUAGAGCAUCUGGCAUUACAGUACCCAGCCGUUUUGAUAAAAUGUGCACUGCGCUAAAUUAUUUCUCGAGCUGUGUCGAACGUCCGAUAGAGCGUAACUGCGGCGCAGCAGCGUGGUCAGCAAUAUUUCGUGUGCUCGGCGAUACCACCAAUACUUUAUUGCCAGGUUGCCGUUUUACUGGUCACUCUAAACCGCAUGACUUGCCGCGUCCAACUUCUGGGUAUUCUCCGGAAGCUAAAGCUACAACAAUGCGCUCUGCAGACCAUGAUUUUCGAAAAUAUGAGGCCGAAGUGGCGAGUGAAAAAGCGCAAAUAAUUUGGUCAAAUGAUGAAAAGACGAGCCCAGCUAUUGAAGAAUUUGUUGCUAGCGGACCAAGAAAUGGAGAAGGGCACGGAAAAACGGCAGUGCAUGGUCCGGAUCCGAGAAAAAAUAGCUUGAGCAGCCAAAGUCCCAGACGAAAGUCAAACUUUGAAAGCAGGAAACAUGUAUUUAUCGAUAGGGACACAGAUAUUAGUUAUUACGACAACAGUAACGAUGUACAGGAGGGAACCGGUGUCGGCAGCUUCUCUGCUAUCAGCUCGGCUAAUUGCCCUCAUUUUGGAGUCACUUUUGUUUAUUUGGUAUUUAUUGUGGCCAUUUGCACAUUUGUACAAAAUUAAAA